AUGCAGAAGAUCGAAGGAGACUGCGAGGAAGAGUUGACGGAUUCCAGGACCCGCUGGAACUUCAAUCCUCCAAGUGCACCUCACAUGGGCGGUAUUUGGGAGCGGUUGGUUCGCUCGGUGAAAGCAGCGUUGGAGGUGCUCAACGACGGACGACGAUUGACGGACGAGGUGUUGCUGACUGUGUUGGCGGAGGCUGAAGACCUGAUCAACUCUCGUCCCCUGAUGUACUGUGGUCUCGCACCGAAUGCGGGAGAAGCCCUCACGCCGAACCAUUUUGUGAAGGGAAUCGGGGCGAUUGGUAAAGCGGAAGUGGUUCCCCAAACAAAUGAAGCAGAAGCUUUGCGGGACAGCUUCAAACGGUCCCAAGCGUUGGCAGAUCAGCUGUGGAAGAGAUGGGUGUCGGAAUAUUUGCCCACGAUCAACAAGCGAUCGAAGUGGCAUUCGGAGGCACAACCAGUUAGUGGUGGAGACCUGGUUUACAUCGCAGACGAAGGAACGCGGAAGAGCUGGACACGGGGCAUGGUGUUGGAAGUCUACCCAGGAGCAGAUGGAAGGAUUAGGCAGGCGUUGGUGAAGACGGCGAAAGGAGAGUACAGGCGCCCGGUAACGAAAUUGACGGUGCUGGAAAUCCAGGAUAGUAAAUCUGGCUCCAUGGAGGGACCAUCACCAGAAUUACGGGGAGGGGGUAUGUGCGCACCGCCGAGCACUGGUCACAUACCUUGCGCCGUGCCGUACCUGUGGAGCGCAAUGAACGUUGCGCCUAAACGUCAAUGA